AUGGCCGUAGCUCGGAGCAUCCUGGUUGCGCUGCUCGCCGCCGUUUGCAUUGCCAUCUCCACGGCCGCCGCGGCGACCAGCGUUAACACCACCGACUUCGUGGGCUGCCUUGCCCUCCACCUUCCUCCGGGGAUCGUCUACACGCAGUCGUCGGAGUCCUACCCGUCCGUCCUCGAGUUCUCCAUCAAGAACCUCCGGUUCGUCACGCCGGCGACCCCGACGCCCCUCGUCAUCGUCAAGGCCACCCACGCCACACACGUCAGGAUUGCCGUGCGCUGCGGCGCGGCGCACGGCGUCCGCGUGCGCCCGCGCAGCGGUGGCCAUGACUAUGAGGGGCUCUCCUACCGCUCCCUCGACGCGGCUCACCCAUUCGCCAUCGUCGAUCUGGCGGCGCUGCGCGCGAUCCGCGUUGACGUCCGUAGCAGGUCGGCGUGGGUCGAGUCCGGAGCCACGCUCGGCGAGCUUUACUACGGCAUCGCCAACAAGAGCGCGCGUCUCGGGUUCCCCGCCGGUGUUGGCCCGACGGUCGGCGUCGGCGGGCACUUCAGCGGCGGCGGCUUCGGCCUGAUGCUACGGAAGUACGGCCUCGCCGCGGAUCGCGUCGUCGACGCCGUCAUGGUGGACGCCAAGGGGAGGCUUCUGGACAGGGCCGCCAUGGGGGAGGACCACUUCUGGGCCAUCCGAGGCGGCGGGGGCGGGAGCUUCGGCAUCGUGGUGUCCUGGAAGCUCCAGCUCGUGCGCGUGCCCGCGAUCGUCACCGUGUUCACCGUCCACCGGCCAAGAGACCAAUCCGCCAGCGAUCUCCUCACCAAGUGGCAGAACGUGGCGCCGGCCCUGCCCCGCGACAUGAUCCUCCGGGUGGUCGUGCAGAACCAGGACGCGCAGUUCGAGUCCCUGUACCUCGGCAGGUGCGCCGGCGUCGUCGCGACGAUGACCAAGAUGUUCCCGGAGCUGGGCGUGACGCGGCGAGACUGCAUCGAGAUGAGCUGGAUCGAGUCCGUGCUCUACUUCGCGUUCUACGGCACGGGGAAGCCGAAGGAGAUGCUCCUGGACCGGGGCACCAAGCCGGACAGGUACUUCAAGGGCAAGUCGGACUUCGUGCACGAGCCCAUCCCGAGGGACGUGUGGGAGAGCACGUCGAGCUGGUUCCUGGAGGACGGCGCCGGGCUGCUCAUCCUCGACCCCUUCGGCGGCAAGAUGGGCAGCGUCGCGCCGUCCGCGACGCCGUUCCCGCACCGGGGCGCGCUCUACAACCUGCAGUACUACGGGUUCUGGUGGGACAACACGACGGAGGCGUCGGAGCAGCAUAUGGGUUGGGUCAGGAGGUCGCACCGGGAGAUGGAGCCGUACGUGUCCAAGAGCCCCAGGGGCGCGUACGUGAACUACAAGGACCUGGACCUCGGCGUCAACGAGUAUGGUGGUGACGGCGCCGGGGCCAGCUACGAGACGGCGAGAGUUUGGGGCGAGGCGUACUUCAAGGAUAACUUUGAGAGGCUUGCGGCGGUGAAGGCCAUGGUGGAUCCCGCUGAUUUCUUCAGGAACGAGCAGAGCAUUCCACCUCUUCCAUUACCAGGUGGCAAUGGCACGACGCAGAAUUGAAAAGGAAUGUUAAUUUUUCUCUUGUCUUGAAGAAGUUACUUGACUCAAAGUACCGAAGUCUAGAUGUAAAAAAAAGUAAAAUUCAAACUUGUCGUGGAUGUGUAAUCUACUCCUCAAAAUUAGAAACCGCUUGUGAUGUGUUCGUUUCCAACGACUAUCACAAGGCCGCUUCUAAAACCCGACUUUUCAUCGAUACUG